UCAACUUGCAUCCAUGUCUUCAAACUUCUCUCUACGACUUUACCUAUUGCCUAAUGGGGAGUUGCAUUAGCAAAUGCCGGCCUCGCCCAUCUUCCAACAAACACAAAGAAGAUCAUUCUCUUCUGGUUCAAGACAAGCUUGUAAUUAUCUCUCAAUCUCCUACAAUUCCCGAUAUUAAUCCUCUCAUCCCCAACAAACAACAACCCAAUUCAUCUCUUAUCUCAUCUCCUUCACCUUCCUCAGAUUCUUGUACCUCUAAUAUUACUACUACUAGCACUUGUUCCACAUCAACCUUGUCUUCCUCAUCAUCCACAUGUUCAUCUUCAGCAUUAGUUUCCAAGGAUCGAUCGUUCUCGAACGAUUUCUUAUGGGCUCGUCUCAAGGAGAAUCCACAUAUAAUUCCCCAUGGAUUACUUGAUCCCUUGAAGGAAACUCCAGUCAAGGUUGUAGCUCCUAAGUUUCCAACUCGGAAAUUGGAUUCAUCAUCUUCUAAAUCAGCUGUACAAGGAAGAAUAGGGCUCCCACCACAAAAGAGAAGCCGCGAAAGGUCCAGCUCGCCAACCCUAGCUCCAGAAAGGAGUUUCAGGAAAGAGUUUGAGAGACCUCAACCCACAAGCUCCCUUCCUCGGCGAAACUUCGGUUCGCCAUCUCCUAGUAGGAGGUUUAAUGGAGAUCCAUGUAGGGGAAUUCCUAUAAAUGCACCCAAGAGAUGCAAUUCACCCAACAGAGGCAAUUCACCCAAGAGGAAGGAGAAUCUCCAGCUUAGAAGUCCUUUAAACAAAGUAAGUAGAGAUGGGUCAUCUCAAUUAAUGAGGAAGAGAGAGACUUGCACUCAUCACAUCCAGGAUGGUAUUGGUAUUGAUGAUCAAAAUUCAGUGGGAGCUAUGGUGUUAAACAAAGAUAGCAACUCUCUUCCCAUGGAUGAUCUUAAUAACCCUCUUAUUUCUUUGGAUUGUUUCAUCUUCCUUUAAGGAGAAAUGGUUUUCAGUAGCAGAUUGGUGUGUUCAUAUAUUAUAGUGGAUUUUUCAUUUGUUUUCUUUUUUCCUUUGUAUUCUUUUCAUGUUUUUUUUGUAAACAGGCUUGAAGAAUUGAGAUUGAUUGAUUACCAAAAUCAAAAUAAAGGAGAGCAGUGUCAUUAUUA